AUUACGUGUAGACACUAUUUACUGCAGUACUUCUAAACAAAUGAUGGCGAUGUUUACUGGUGUAACUGUUAGACACGUUGACAGCUUGUGUUAAUGUUUCCACCUCGUAGCCACUAUGAGUAUGAUUGGCAUUCCUUAUUUUAUGCACCCAUGAGUCUGCCUGUUGAUGACGACGACAUAAACAUGUUGUCAUCUUCUCCAUAUCCGUCUACUGUCCAUGAAUGGACCAAAGCAAUCCGUCGGCCUACGUCCUACCGAGUUGGUAACGCCAGAUUUCAUUUGAAGCCGAGAGUUGUCAUUUACGCUGGUGUUUUGUCAGCGUCCAUUCUCAUCCUACUUAUUAUGUUCAUGCCAAAAUCGCCACACUCAUACUGUGAUCUUGAUAAAAAGCUACUUUCUGACUCUGUUAACACCAAACAUUAUGAUCCAACAUAUCCAUUGACUAAUCCUUCAAAAACUAUAUCUGGCAUUGUGUAUAGUAUUGGUUUGAUUACAGACCUUGACACUGACUCAAAAAGCAGAGAGAAAAAGUCAACUUGGAUAAGUUAUUAUCGCCAAGGAAACCUCACUCUGUCUGAUAAAAGAGAUGAAGUUAAAGUGAAAUUAGCACAACCAAAAGUCCUGUUUUCCAAUAUCGCAGCUGGUGAUCGAGGAAUGGAGCUAUCAGAGCUUGUGAUAUUUAAUGGAAAACUGUAUACUGUUGAUGAUAGAACAGGGAUUAUUUAUGAAAUAAAUAAUUAUAAUGUUUUGCCAUGGGUGAUAUUAGCUGAUGGUAAUGGAAAAAACAAUAAAGGUAUGCCUAAUAAAUAAAAUUAAAAAAAUGACUUAAGGCUAAUUUAGUUAUAAUUUUUGUUUAAAAAAUUUGUGAUAGCUGAAUUCUGAAUACUUUUUAAUUUAUGGAAAAUUAAUCAAUAGUGGAUUUACCUGUGAAUCAUGUGACAAGUAGUGGGUUGUCAUGCUACAGCAUACAAGCUACGAACAGCCUCUCUUCCACCCCUCCAACCUCACUUUUCUACUUACCGGUAACCAUGGGGAGCUCUCACCAUGCCACAGAAAUUUUUUAAAAAUUUAAAUCGUUCUUUAAAUUGAUACCAGUAUAUUCCAAUUCUGUAUCUAUAUUUUAUUUCGAUGGCAGCAUUACUGGUAAUUCCAUAAUUUAAAAAAAGGUUUAUUCAGAUUAAAUGGUACACUGUAAGUGCUGUGAGCAUUUACUCCUUACCAAUAAUCAUGUUUGGGACAGUGUGUUUCUGUUUACUAUAUUAUCCAAACUGUCUGAAAAAUAUAUGCAUGAACAAUUAAAUCAAAUUUAAUAGGUACUAUAAUAAUGUAUUUUUCACUUUAUUAUAAAAUUGUUAGGGACUAUCCAGAUAUUAAUUUAUGCCAAAAGAGUCACAUUUCCAUGCCCCCACUACAUUUUUGAACACCCCUUCCCAUGCAUAUGUGCAAGUUAGAAUUGUCACCCACCCCAAACAUCUGAUUGAAUUUAUUUAUAGAAAUUAUGAAAUACACUGCAAUUAAACGAAGUCACUUUGAGUCCUUUUAAAAAUAUGUAACUGUUUUCUCUUAGUCUGUUUAGCAAUGCCCAGUGCUUCUAAAACUGUGUACAUUAGGGACCCCUGGCUUCCUCAAAGGGGCACAAUUUUCCCAAUUUAAUUUCCAUUUUCAAUCCAAUGUGACAGGAUGUAACAUAUUGCAGAACUGGUCAAAUAACUCUUUAAUUUAAAAAGAUAUUUGCUAUUUGGAAGUGUAUUUGUUAGAAUUUGACAUAUGAUAUCUGGGGAAAACCUGGGUUUGACAAGGGCGCAGAGAAUAAAAAAUGUUUAAUAACCAUUGGUUUAGCUGACAAAAUAAUUAUGUAACCAAUUAUGUCACACUCACUUAUACAUAGAAUGGUGGAACAGUGGACUUAGACUUAAACUUGUCACCAUUAUAUAAAUUUUUAUUGUGAUAGGGGUAUCUACUAUAUCUAUCACCCCCCCCCCACCACCAGUGCAUAUGUAAUAGAUGGAUGGCCCCCUUAACAGAUAAUCAUUAUUUUCCAUGAAUGGUGGAACAGUGGACUUAUACUUAAACUUGUCACCAUUAUAUAAAUUUUUAUUGUGAUAGGGGUAUCUACUAUAUCUAUCCCCCCCCCCCCCCCACCACCAGUGCAUAUGUAAUAGAUGGAUGGCCCCCUUAACAGAUAAUCAUUAUUUUCCACAUACCGGGUAACAAAUAGUUACUAAGGUCUAAAUUGGGAAUGAUGGUAAAUUAAAGGAAAUUAUACUUGAGCUGUGCAAAAUGUCCUUAUUUGAUCAGAACUAUUUCUGAAGAAAAAGGUGUUUUUUGUUUACAUAUAACAUACAUGCCAACCCUAAGUUGUAAGCUUUCUAUUACAGUAGAUGGAUGUAAAAAUUUAUUAUUAUUAAAAAUUUAAGAGCCCGGGUACUAUUAUAUAAUGUAUCCCCACUAAGCUACUAUUUGUAAGGAUGUAUAUUACUUUGUUUGAACCUAUAAUUAAUACAAAUCCACUUUUACUUAAAUUUCUCAACAUUUUGCAGUUAAAUACAUUACUGUAACACAAUGUUUAUACAGUUUAAAAGAUUAUCAAAGUUUUUGCUGCAAUACUGCAAUUAUACAUUUGAAUUAAUUUACCCUAGUAUGUUAAUUUAAUUUAGAGUACAUCACUUUCUUCACAUUUAAAGGUUUCAAAUGUGAAUGGGCCACCGUAAAAAAUCAGCGUCUUUUUGUUGGUGGUUUGGGUAAAGAAUGGACAACAGAAAAAGGGGAAGUACUCAACCUCAAUCCUCAGUGGGUGAAAUCUAUAGGACCUGAUGGGGAUGUUGAACAUCUUGAUUGGCAUGACAAAUACAAUGCUUUAAGACAAAAAACUGGUACUUUAUUGCCUGGUAAUAUUCUUUCAUUUCAAUUAAUUAUUUUAAAAUGAAGCUUUGUUGUGUGUUACUUUUUCUAGCACUUUUAAUCUGUUUUUGGUUAUGUAUAUAAUAAUUAAUUUGACAGUCUAAUAAUCUAAUUCAUUUUAAUUCAUGCUAAGUUUAAAAAUUAGAAUUAAAAAUAUCAUCUAUAAACUAUAAGAAAAGCUUUUGCACAAUGCUCUUAAUGCACAUACUGUAUUUAAAACCUGAAGUUAAUUGUUAGUAUACUAAAACCUAGUAUGUUUUUAUACUAGGUUUUAUUACGGUAUAUAAGCUAAUAGUAUUAGGGCUAAUAUAUUUAUUUCCUUGAGUUAAUGUAUCUUAUAUUAUUCUUCCAUUUAAAUUAUCAUCCAGAGAAUUAUAUAAAUAUAAAUGUUAUAUUAUUUUGUUUCUUUCCAGGUUAUAUUAUCCAUGAAUCUGGUGUUUGGAGUGAUGUACACAAAAAAUGGUUUUUUCUUCCUCGUCGAGCUAGUACAGAAACGUAUGAUGAAGUGAAAGAUGAACGAAGAGCAACUAAUCUAAUGUUUAUUGUGGAUGAAAAUUUUGAAAAUAUAGAAGUGAGAAAAAUUGGACCUGUUAACCCCACACAUGGGUUCUCAUCCUUCAAAUUUAUACCCGGAACUGAAGACAGUAUUAUUGUUGCAUUAAAAAGUGAGGAAGACAGAGGGAAAAUUGCCUCUUAUUUACUUGCUUUUAACCUAAACGGUAACAUUUUGAUGUCUGAAGUAAAAAUUGGAGAUGUGAAAUAUGAAGGUAUUGAAUUUGUAUGACAUAAAACUAUGCUAAAACUCUAGAAUUUUGCCAUAUAAUAUGCAAGUUUUGAGAAACGAUUUUUUCAAAUACUUUGUCAUCACCUUAAUUGUAUCGGUGGUCUUAAUUCAGAAAGAUUUUUGUUAAAUUAUUAUAUAAUUAUUAAAUUAGCCUACAAAUACAGUUCUGCUCUGGCUCUAGAGAUAAAAGUUUUAGUUAUACCCAAGAUAUUUUAUGUGUCUUGAGGAACAUUUCAGAAACUAUCUAUUUAUCAAACAGAGACAGGAUACUGAAUAAAAUUAAGUGUAUGUUAAUGUAAGGAUUGUACUAUUAAAAAUGAGAACGUAAAAGUUUUUUUAAAAGUUAAUGCCAAAAUUUUUUUUUUUGGUUAUAUGGAUACAGUAGUCACUUAAUUAAAAAUGUAAAUAGGCUUUUUAUCUAGAGAAUUACUUUUUUUAAAACAAUUGUAGUCAUAUCUUAACUUCAAACUCAAGCUGUCAGUAUGAAGUAAAGUUCAUGUAAUGUAAGGUGAAAGGCUCAUUUUUAAAAUUCUAAAAUGCUGAUUUUAAUGGGCAUAUAAAAGUGGUACCAUGUUUUAAAGAAUGUCCAAAGGAAACAUUUUUUUGUAGAAAUUUUAUUUUAGAUUAAUAAUAUCUGAAUAUCUGGAAUACUAAAGUAUCUCAAAAAGUUCCAGCAGGUUGUUUACAAAAUUGGCAAUAAAAGAAUAGUUUUUUUCUGCACUUAACCUGCAAAGUAAGAUGGAACCUGCCUUAUUUAUAUAAUAAAAAUAUGCUUGAAUGAUGCUCUUCACCAAAAUAGUUGAUAUUUUCUAUUUCUAAUAGUACAGUCUCAUGCUAUUAGGUACUUUUUUUAAAAAAAGGUUGAAAAAAACAAUACAAGGCCUAACAUAAUUUAAACCAAAUCUUUCCAUUUAACUACAGGCUAUCUCAAAAUAUGGUGCUUAAUUUGAGGAAAAAGCUGUCAAGAACUAAAUUCAAACU